AUGGCUGAAAAUGACAAAAAUACAACUCAAAUUACUGCAUUUGCAGGUGAAAAUCCCAAAGUAGACCUUUCUGCAAAAGAAAAGGAAACUAGGGAAAAACCAACUGAAGGAGAUAAAAUGAACCCUUCAUCAAAAGAGGUAGAAAUGACCUCUACCCAAUCAACAUCUCAAGUGGGGCAGGAAGCUAUUAAUAGCAUGACUGCCUCCAUGGAUGGGAUCAAACUUAAAAAAAGACUAUCUGGUGCACAGAAAAAGAAACUUGCCCGAGAAAAGAAGAUGGCUGAAGGUACCUGGGUAGAAAAACCCAAACCAAAGCAGAGAGGCGAGAAAAGACAAAGCCAAAGGAUGGAACAAGAUGUAGCCCCAAAGGCUGCCAGGAAAGAAGGACCUGAAGGUAUAACCUUUAAGGAAGCUCUAACCGCAGUUAAAAUGGCUGUGAUUCUUGAAGGACAUCCUCUUGAGCGCUUAUCCGAAGAACAGGCCCUAGACCUUGAGUUCUUGAUAACUGAAAAAAUUUCUAGAAAUGAAGAGGGUUUUGUCCCCACUUUUCUUUCUUGCAGACUAGAAAAUGGGGCACUUAUCAUCAAUUGUGCAGAUCUGGGGAGCUCUAAGUGGCUGGAACAGAUUGUAGUUGAGAUAAACCCAUGGCAGGAGCAAACUCUCUUGGUAGGAGAGGCAAGGAAACUUGUCAGAACUACUAAGAUCAUUGCUAAACUGCCGAAAGUCUGUAGUAAACUGGAGUCCAAAGAGGUUCUGAGAAAGAUUGAGGCACAAAAUGGUGGGCUUACUCCAACCGAAUGGAACAUACUUCAUCGGAAGAAUGAACCAUCAGGACAGACCAUCGUCCUUAGCGUGCCUGAACUGGACGCGGCUACACUUGGUACAUCUGGACUGACUCCAAUAACAGCGAAUCCCUUUGUCCAUGGAAUAUCAGAAUAUACCAACUGUAUUAAGUCUUUCGAACUUUCAAGUCGUUUGCAGAAGAAAGAUGCUGCAGGAACGAUGCUGACAACAGCCUUUAAAGUGGACGUUUAG